AGCAAAGCACCUUACAGUUUCCUGAUGGAGGAUAGAGUCGAUGGAGAUGCUGCUGCUAAAAGCCUUCUUUUCUCGUUUUUAAAUCCUUAAUUUUUCCUGCUUUCUUUCGGUUUAGUGAUCGUUUGAUGAGGGUAUGAUCGUUUAAGCUGUCGUUACUGAGUAAACACACAGAUUGCGCUGAAUGUCGAUGUGGAGAUCUGAGGAGAUCCGCGCGCAUUCCUUCAAAUAUUCAACUGAAAUAAACCGAACAUCGUUAGUUUUUAAUGUGAUUUUUUUAUCGAUCAUGAUGCUGGAUCUUGUUUAUAUUUAGUGAGGGAAUAAUCAGAAACAGAUUCUCGUGAAACAGGCCCGAUCCCGCAUUGCUUCUCCAUCAUUAAAGCAUGGACAGGGUAGAGGAACUGAUAAACCAGUGGAUCUGGCAGGAGGAGUUCUGGCUUCCUCCUGGCAUCACAUGGAAGGACAUCGCCGAAGGGACAACAGGUGGCAGUCGGCAUCCCAAACCCCGCGACCUGCUCAUCUGUCUGCCCCUGGCCCUGAGUUUCAUUGCCCUGCGCUUUGGUUUCGAAAGGGUUGUGGCACAGCCCCUUAGCCGACUGCUGGGAGUACGAGAUAGGUUUAGGGUUCGAGUCACGCCCAUCCCAAAGCUAGAGGCUUUUUACCGGAGGAAAAAGAACCAACCAUUAGAGAGUGAAAUAAUACUUCUGGAGAAGCGUUGUGGGCUCACCCAACGACAGAUCCAGGCCUGGUUUCACCAUCGCCGGAACCAGGACAGACCCAGCAACACCAAGAAAUUUUGCGAAGCUUCGUGGAGGUUUGUCUUUUAUCUCGCUGUGUUCUCAGGUGGUCUCAUCUCUUUGAUUCAUACUCCUUGGUUUUGGGAUCAGAGAGAAUGCUGGCACGGAUACCCAAGACAGGCCGUGGCAGAAGCUCAGUAUUGGUAUUACGUUGUGGAGCUUUCCUUCUACCUCUCACUUUUGCUCAGCGUAUCAGUGGACACCAAACGCAAGGACUUCAAAGAACAAAUUGUUCACCACAUCGCCACAAUUUUCCUGAUCGCGUUCUCGUACUGCGGAAACUACGUGCGCAUCGGGACCCUGGUGAUGCUCGUUCACGACUCCUCGGACUUCCUGAUGGAGUCUGCUAAGAUGUUCAAUUAUGCCGGUUGGAGGAAGACAUGCGAUACCCUGUUUGCCAUAUUUGCUGUGGUAUUCCUCAUAACUCGUCUUGUGGUGUUCCCCUGCAGAGUGGUUUACACGACUGCUGUGCACUGGUUAGAGUUUUUUCCUCCGUACCCCGGGUAUUAUUUCUUCAACGCCUUGCUGUUGGUUCUUCAGGCGUUGCACAUCUUCUGGGCUUGGCUGAUCCUUCGAAUGGUGUACAAGUUUGUCUUUUCAGGCCAAGUGGAACGAGACGAACGGAGCGACGAAGAGAGCGAAGUUGAGGAUGAAGAUGAGGGUGGAGACGAGGAACGCAGCUGGGAACAGAAGCACGGGGCACUGAACUCAAAACUGGCUUCACUGGCCAAUAACUGCGUGUUGAAGAAUUUAACCAAUCAGAGACGAAAGAUGAACAGCAGAACACCGAAAGCCAGAUAGCGAUUUAUCCGAAUAAAUUAGUUUUAAGAUGCAUCUUUCACCGUUAUGAACUCAUGAAUGAUAAAAACAAAGUCCAACUUUAAUGCGUUUUAAUCGCAUUAACACUUACGAAACAACACUGGAUGUGAUCAAACAAGUAAAACGUCUCGUGUGCACAUUUUGCACCUUUAGAGUGUAUUUUAAGUACGUCCGGAGUUCUGUGUUCAAUUAAUUUAAUUUAAUUAAAUAAAUUAGUUGCUUUUAAUGCGUUGACUAAAUAGCUGUAUGCAAAUUUAGUAUGGUUUAGUUAACAAUAUUUUUUUACAUUUAAAAGCAGUAAUAUUAUAAUAUAAACCAACACUUUUGACGACACUUUUGAAAUUAAACGUUAAAUUUUGCCAAAAAAGUAGGUCGCGAUUACGAAUAUUUAUGUUGAAUUGUUUAAAUUAAGUUAUUCGUUUAGUUGUUCGUUAUGGAGCAGUAAUAUAUAAACAUAAAAAAACUUGCACUAAGUUACUUCGGCAAGAUUGUAUAAAUAUUUCACGUGGUCUUCUAAAUGAAGACAUUUGUGUGAAUGUGUAUGAAUUUUCCAGACUGCUGUCAUUUAAAAAAAUGUAUUGUCUGUGUGGAUAAUAGAAAGUCUAACAGCGCCAUCUAGUGAUGAUUUUGUUUCAAGCUGUAACAUUUUAGAUUGUUUUGUACAUUUUUGUGUGUUUUUUUAAGUUUGUCACUUAGUUGUGUGGCGCACAUUGCCUUAAUAAUUUAGAUUACUGAAGCAUGUGCCUCUAAAUCUAAAGCUUGUGGAGGUAAAUGGAUUAUAGGGGACGUUGGUUUCUAGAAUAUUAAAACUUGCUCCGAGGGCUACACGCUAAGUUCGUGGUGAUGUUUUAGAUAAGGCUGAAAAGUUAUUAAGCUAUUUAAAAUAUUCAUAUGGUUACUGAAACAUAAAUUGUUUGUUUGCACCCAAGCCUUUUAUCUCAAAGCCAUUGCUUUGUCCUACACUGUUCAAUUUUUGUUCGAAAAUAAUGUUGAGUUUUUGUAUGGAGUAGGACUGCAUAACGAUUACUAAUCGCAACUAAUCGUUUGCAGAAUAAAAGUUGUGUGUAUUGUAAUAGAUCUGUAUAUAUAAAUACACAUUUUUUUUAUCUAACACCAUGCAUGGGUGUAAAUUAAUUUUUUACACACACACAUAAACAAAACCUUAUUUUGCAAACUAUUAGUUGCAAUUAAUCGCUAUGCAGCCCUAGUAUGAAGAUAAUUUAUAGAUAAAUGACUGUGCUUUGAUUUCACAUGCAACAUAUUGCAGGUGUGAUAUUGGGUUUAUUGUGAGAUAUAAACUUUCUUUGUCGUUACUGCAGUAAUAUUGCAUACUGACAUCUUCUUUCUGUGACCACUUCAUUAACAAUAAACAUGUAAUGCAUAUA